UAUUUACCUCUAGAGUGGUCUUUUUUUAAGAUAGUACAUAGUUAAGGGGGAGUGGCUGUAAUUACUGAAACAAGAUGGAGUUUUUCAUAAUUAACUAUAACUAGGGGUGGCCGUAAUUUGCUCAUAAUAACAACAAAGAGAUGAAGAUAUUUGAGCUCCGGUUUUCAAAUAUGGCGGCGGAGAACAAGGCUCAGAAUUUGUUCCAGAGAAUUUUCGUCGGCCCGAUGAAGCUCAUUAGCGUCGCGAAAGAGGAUAGUGCUAUGAGGGCGAAGGUGAAAUGGCUAUAUGAUAUGAGCAGCCUCUAUUAUCUGCCGCCCGGAUAGUUGGAGGCGGCGGCGCGCCGGCGAGGCCGCGGCGGAGUAGAAGAAGGCAUUUCUAAUUUCGGUUUGCCUUCACUUUAUAUUUUGUAAUUUGUAUUAUGUAUUAAUUGAUUGGUUUUAGUUUUUUGAUUAAUCGUGAUUAGUCUGGAUUGUGCGAGAUUUAGGUCAUGGAUUGUCGGCAUUUCCUGGAAAUAUCUGGUCAAUUAUGUUGAUACUUCAAAAACACAUAUUUUAAGAGGGCCCUCCUCUUAAACAAAACUCUGACCAAUGAGUGUAAACAGCAACCAUUGGGAAUUAAGUAUAGAAUGGUCAUACAUACAUGAUACCACAACUUGCAGAGCAAAGCUCAAAAGCAUGAACCCGUGUCCGUAUUCGGUUCUCUUGCUAUUUGUCUGCUUGUUGAACACAAUCACAGCCUCUAGUUGUAAUCCAACUCACUCCACAGGAGACGUUUCAGUUAAUUGUGGCUCGAGUGCCACCUCAGCAGCACAAGAAGGUCGGGAAUGGCUUGGAGAUUUACACCCGAAAUUAUUUCCGUUGCUGCAAAUAAAGGGCUCAUCGGUUGCCUCAACUGUGAUUUAUGCCGAUGAUCCAGUUCCCUACAAAACGGGUCGACUCUCUCGUUCCCGAUUCUCCUAUACAUUUCAAGUGAAUCCAGGUCAGAAAAUUAUCCGCCUUCACUUCAAUCCAGCUCCAUAUAAAGGCUUCAAAAUGUUGAACGACUUGUUCGAUGUUGAAGCAGGUCCUUUCACCCUGCUACGAAACUUUAGUGCUUCUCUUACUGCUAAUGCUCUUGGUGUGAAUUCUUUUGUUAAGGAGUUCUGUUUAGAUGUAGAAGAAAAUGAACAAUUGGUUAUUGUUUUCUCUUCUUCAAGUAGUGAAUCGUUGGGCACAUACGCUUUCAUAAAUGGAAUCGAGAUUAUCUCAGUUCCUCCCAGUCUUUCUUACUUUCACAAAGGAGAUUUUGGAGUCCAAGUUAUUGGCAAGUCUCUUGUCUAUGUUGAUAACAACAUUGCACUUGAAAUAAUCGACAGGGUAAAUGUGAAACAUGAUUCUGUUUUGUCAUCUGGUAGUGGUCAUGACAUAAUUCUUUUAAUGUCUGGUGGUACUAAGCGGAAAGCAAGCAAGACCAACAAUAUUACCUGGAAAAUAUCUGUGGGUGUGGGAUUCAAGUACUUGGUCAGGCUUCAUUUCUCCGAGCUAGGAUUUAAGAUAGCCAAGAUUGGUGGUGUUAAUUUUACACUUCGGAUUAAUGAAAUGAUUAUCGAUAUUAAUAUUGACAUGGUCAGGGAAAAGGAUGAUGAACAUAGCAUCCUCUCCUGGUUUAGGGAUUACAUGGUGAUGAUGAAAGGGCACAAAGAAGACGGUAAACGAGAUCUCGUGAUUUGCCUCCAAUCCGAUGAUGAAUUCAUGGAUGGACAUGGGCCCGUUAAAGGAUUUGAAAUAAUGAAGUUGAGCAACCCCGAUAAUAGUCUUGCCAGUCCAAAUCCCGUGCCUUCUUCACAUGAGUCAUCGUACCGGACUAGACAAAAUUUGCACAAAGUUCUUGGUGGCAGAAAUAUGGUUGCAACUGCAGCAAUAACAUUACUUGUUGCAGUAAACAUCAUUCUGUAUAUAUCUCGACAAAUCUGGGAAUCUCGUGGUAUAGAGGAGAAGGAAAACAUGCCAUCAGCCAGGGCAAACCAACUAUGUCGCCGGUUUUCACUAGACGAAUUACAGUUAGCAACUGAAGAUUUCAGCGAAUCGCAUCUCAUUGGAAGAGGUGGAUUUGGUAGAGUUUACAAAGGCCUCAUUGAUAAUGGGAGAAAGACUGUCGCAAUAAAGCGGCAAAAAUUAGAAUCCCAUCAAGGGGCACGUGAGUUUUUGACAGAGAUUGAAACACUAACCGAGCUAAGACAUGUUAAUCUAGUCUCUCUAAUUGGGUACUGCAACGAGCAUGGUGAAAUGAUUCUUGUUUAUGAGUACAUGGCAUGUGGUACACUAGCUGACCAUCUCUACAAAAUGUCAAGGAAGGGCAAAAACCGUCUUUCUCUCACGUGGAAGCAACGCCUUACUAUAUGCAUUGGAGCUGGUCGAGGGCUAGACUAUCUUCACACUGGCAACUCACUCAUACAUCGUGAUGUGAAGGCUUCAAAUAUCCUUCUUGACGAAAACUUCGUAGCUAAGGUGUCCGAUUUUGGCCUGGCUAAAUAUUCAAGCACAAGUAAGUUGCAACAGAGUCACGUCAGCACGAAAGUGAAGGGCACGUUUGGGUAUUUCGACCCGAAUUAUUUUAGUACGGGUAAACUGACCAUGAAAAGUGAUACGUAUGCCUUUGGGGUGAUGUUGCUUGAAGUAUUGAGUGGUAGACCCGCAGUGGAUCCAAGGGCUGCUGAGGAUGAGCGAAUACUGACUAAGUGGGCUCGAGAAAAGAUUAGUGAUGGAAAUGCUGACCAGAUUAUAGCUUCAAAUCUGAGGGGCGAAAUCUCAGAAAAUAGCUUGAAGGCGUUUGUGGGGGUUGCUGAAAGUUGCUUGCAUGAUGAACCAAGGAAACGGCUAACAAUGGCUCAAGUUGUGAUACAACUUGAGUUUGCACUUGAGCAACAGGAGAUCUCGAAAUCGCCGGUACCUGAUGGGAUAACAAGUGAUGUGGAUGAUUCCCAUGUAUCUGAUGUCAAAACUGAUUUAUCAGUGAGCACUGGGAAACUCACAAUUGCCUCCACAGAUGUGCAGAAUCUUGCACUGCCUCUGAAAGAACAAACAGAUAGUAAAGUUAUUAAUGAUGAGCCCUCAUCCGGAAGAAAAGAUGGGAGGAAAUCCGCACCACGUAAACAGUCGCGUUUUUGGCAGUGGGGUGCAUUUUGGAACCUUAAGCCAUCAGAAUCAGUGGAGAAGGGCAAACAGACAGUUAAUAUGCAGCCGACUGUUGUCCCUCCCACUCAAGUAGAUGUGUCGGAGGACAAACAUACUAUGAUUAUUCUACCAACUGCUGCCGCUGACAUGGCAUUAGAUGAAUUAGAGGACACACGGGCUGUUGUUAUGCUGUCAUGUUGUCCCGCCCAUUCCAGUAGAUGAAUUAAAGAACGUCACCGACAUUUUCGGUUUGAAGUGUUUAACUGGUCACUUAUCCUUUGGGCUAUACUGGGGAGUCAUGAGAAAUGGA